AGAGGGCUGCCCUGCCGCUUGUUUGCAAUGCCGUGUCUGCGCAUCCCCUGUGCUCUGUUAGGAUCAUACAAGUGGUGUACUUUUACGUGAUAUACAAUCAAUCCUGUCCCUCGCAUUUGCCCCUGCCCGCAAGCUGGCAUCAAGCUUCGCUUUGGAGCUUGUCGUCUGGUAAUCUCUACGAAGACCCUCGAAACACCUCCUACAGUAUACCGCCAUGUCUUCCGCGGCAGAUAUCCAUAUAAAUGGGAACGGGAGCACCAAUCAUGACCAAAUCCUCCGUCCUCGCGCCGUCAAGCCUUCAAACGCGGUGCUCCUACGUGCUAUGGGCGAGGAGGGAUACAUAGGAGCCAGAGAGACGCCCGAGAAUGGAGGCUCAACAGCCCAAACAAGUGGACGGACAACUCCUGUCCCCGCUGACGCUCCUCCAUCCGCCCAUUCCAUCUCUUCCGCGCGAAAGCAGCUCCGAGCAGAGCAGCGCCAAAGACUGUUCCCCACUAUCGAGUAUGCUUCUCGAGUCUCCCACUUCGAUCCAAACAGUGAUUAUCGGGACUUUCAUGGCUUCUACGUUCUGUUCUGGAUUGCCCUGACCAUCAUGGCUAUCACAACUAUGCUGCGGAAUAUAAAGGAUACCGGUUAUCCCAUGAGGGUCGAGAUCUGGCAGUUAUUUACCGUAAAAGUGUGGGAAUUGGCUGUGGCAGAUUGCUUUAUGGUUGUUAGUACUGCUAUCAGCCUUCCCAUGCACAGACUCUUCCGGAGUAGAUUGCAGUGGGCAGGCACUGGAAUGGCUAUCCAGAGCGUCUAUCAGGCUGUCUGGCUAGCCUUUUGGGUUGCUGUACCAUUCAUCCGCCAUUGGACGUGGACGGCCCAGGUCUUCCUCACGCUCCAUACCUUGGUUCUCCUCAUGAAGAUGCAUUCAUAUGCCUUCUACAACGGCCACCUCAGCGAGACAGAACGGAGACUCCAAGCCCUUGACAACCCCUCCACAGCUUCAAAAGCCCCUGCUUAUCAAUACCCGAGCGCGGGUCAUACGCCGUCAACUGAGGAGAGAGAGAGGCGCGAUGCCGACGAGAAAUCGCAAGUCGCACGCCUCCGAGAGGAUCUAGCCUUCGAGCUCACCUCGCCCAUGGGGUCGGUCACGUACCCGAAGAACCUUACCUGGUCCAAUUACGUAGACUUCAUCCUCUGCCCAACUCUUUGCUACGAACUCGAGUACCCUCGGACUCAAGGCAUAGUCUGGACACAAUUGGGGUACAAGAUCCUCGCCGUCUUUGGCGUCAUCUUCCUCCUGACAAUUACGUCUGAGGAAUUUAUCCUCCCCGUGUUGACAGAGUCCGCAUUGCGUCUUGAGACCGUAUCAUCCUUCUCCGAGAUGGCUCUCAUUCUCGCGGAAUCCAUCUCCCUGCUGCUCUUCCCCUUCAUGGUCAGCUUCCUGCUGGUCUUCCUCGUGAUCUUCGAGUACGUGCUCGGGGCCUUCGCCGAGAUAACCCGCUUUGCUGACCGGCGCUUCUACUCCGACUGGUGGAACUCGACGGACUGGCUAGAGUUCUCCCGCGAGUGGAACAUCCCUGUGCAUCACUUCUUCCGGCGACACGUCUACUCUGCGUCCCGGCCGCACAUCGGCCGGCCGAUGGCGACGCUCAUCACGUUCCUGAUCAGCGCCAUCGGGCACGAGAUCGUGAUGGCCUGCAUCACGAAGAAGAUCCGCGGGUACGGCUUCCUGGCGCAGAUGAGCCAGCUGCCGAUCGUGAUGCUGCAGCGCACGCGAUGGGUCAAGGGGAGGCGAACCCUGAACAACGUAUGUUUCUGGUGCUCGAUGAUCCUUGGGCUCAGCAUGAUCUGUUCCCUCUACGUUCUCUGUUAAAAGAAAGUCGCACUUUAUAUAUGUUCCUCCUACAGAUUUAGAUUAGAUAGAUUUUUCUUGAAUGUGAGUGAUCGAUUUUUUUUAAUGUACUAUCAAGAGCUUCUACCAUCC